AAUACCUGAAAUAAGAUGGACAGUCUGAAUGCUGCAAAGUCAAGCUAAAAUACUACAGCAGGUUGACUUCAUUCUACAGAAAUGUAAUCAAAUAUGUCAACACGAGGUUCCACGGGCCCACAUCCCUCAUUUGUUCAGCGAUUCCGAUAAAAGAAGUAAAACAAAAACGGCCAAUUAUCUAACAAGCAACCACCAGUUAGUAGCGUCUCCAUAAUGGACAGUAUGAUUAUGUAACACUGUGUAUGCAUGGCUCUGUUCCAUGAGCCGACGAUCAACAGGAAGUGUGUAAGAAACGUGUUAGGUGAAGCAGACGGAGCAGGCAGGUGGGAGAGAAGAGGAGGAACAGCAACACUGUGUGGGCGACAGAGUUGGCAAGCUGUCUGCGUUAUCUGGUUUUCAUCUCCACCUUCACUGUAAAUCAGAUAUCAGUCAGUUGGUGCGGUCCCUCGCUAAUGUGAUGGAUGCGAUGUUGGUGCGGUCUCAAUAACGCAUCAAUACUGGCCUUCAGAAAGUGUGUUGGUGAGGAGAACUGGGUGGACAGCAGGACGAUUUACAUUGGACACAAGGAGCCUCCUCCAGGAACGGAGGCCUUUAUACAACAAAGAUUCCCCGACAACAGAAUAGUCUCCUCCAAGUACACAUUUUGGAACUUCAUCCCAAAGAAUAUGUUCGAGCAGUUUAGGAGAGUCGCCAACUUCUACUUUCUCAUCAUAUUUCUGGUUCAGUUGAUCAUCGACACUCCCACCAGUCCGAUCACUAGCGGGCUGCCGCUCUUCUUUGUCAUCACAGUCACCGCCAUCAAACAGGGUUAUGAGGACUGGUUGAGACACAAAGCAGACAACUCUGUCAACCAGUGUCCCGUCCACGUGGUGCAGCACGGGAAAGUAGUCCGCAAACAAAGCCGCAAGCUCAGGGUUGGAGAUGUCGUCUUGGUGAAAGAAGAUGAGUCUUUUCCCUGCGACCUCAUCCUUCUCUCCACAUCUCGAGAUGAUGGGACCUGCUAUGUGACCACAGCCAGUCUGGACGGAGAGAGCAGCCACAAGACGUACUAUGCAGUUCAGGACACCAAAGCUUACAUCACAGAGAAGGAGAUGGACUCCAUCCAUGCUACUAUAGAAUGUGAACAACCACAGCCGGACCUGUACAAAUUCGUGGGUCGCAUCAACUUCUACAUGGACAGUGAGCCAGUUGCAAGGCCGUUAGGAGCAGAGAACCUGCUGCUCCGAGGAGCCACACUCAAGAACACGGAAUACAUCUAUGCGGUUGCCAUCUACACAGGCAUGGAAACCAAGAUGGCUCUCAACUACCAGUCCAAGUCUCAGAAACGGUCUGCAGUGGAAAAGUCAAUGAAUGCCUACCUGGUGGUCUACCUGUGCAUCCUCAUCAGCAAGGCCCUCAUCAACACAGUGCUGAAAUACGUGUGGCAGGCCGACUCCAAGAGAGACGAGCCGUGGUACAACGAGAGGACAGAGGCAGAGAGACAGAGACACAUCGUGAUCAGGGCAUUCACAGACUUCUUGGCCUUCAUGGUUCUUUUCAACUACAUCAUCCCCGUCUCCAUGUACGUCACUGUGGAGAUGCAGAAGUUUCUGGGCUCCUAUUUCAUCAUGUGGGACGAUGAGAUGUUUGACGAGGAGCUGGGAGAGAGAGCCGUGGUCAACACGUCGGACCUGAACGAGGAGCUGGGACAGGUGGAGUACGUGUUUACAGACAAGACGGGGACUCUGACAGAGAACAACAUGGAGUUCAUCGAGUGCUGUGUGGACGGACAUGUUUACGUACCUCAUGCUAUCUGUAACGGACAGGUGAUGCCUGGUGCAGCAGGUAUGGAUAUGAUCGACACAUCGCCAGGUCCCGGGGCCAGGGAACACGAGGAGCUGUUUUUCCGGGCGCUAUGUUUGUGCCACACAGUGCAGGUGAAGGAGGAGGAGACGGUGGACGGGAUCAAGCACGGCAUCCACCAGGGCAAGUCCACCUCCUUCUACAUCUCCUCAUCUCCGGACGAGGUGGCGCUGGUGGAAGGCAUGAAGAGGCUCGGUUUCACCUAUCUGAGACUCAAGGACAGUCACAUGGAGAUCUUGAACAGGGAGGAUGAGAUUGAGAGGUUUGAGCUGCUGGAGGUUUUGACAUUCGACUCAGUCAGACGGAGGAUGAGCGUCAUUGUCAGGUCCAACACUGGUGAGCUUUAUCUAUUCUGUAAAGGUGCAGACUCCUCCAUCUUCCCCAGGGUUAUAUCAGGCAAGGUGGAACAGGUCAGAGCUCGGGUGGAGCACAACGCAGUGGAGGGUCUGAGGACACUUUGUGUUGCCUAUCGUCCCCUGAGCCCUGAACAGUACCAGGAGGUUUGCCACCUGCUGAACGGGGCCAAGUUGGCACUUCAGGACCGAGACAAAUGCCUGGCCGAGGCCUACGACCUCAUUGAGAAAGACCUGAUACUGCUGGGAGCCACUGCUGUGGAGGACAGGCUCCAGGAAAAAGCGGCAGACACCAUUGAGUCUCUCCACAAGGCAGGUAUGAAGGUGUGGGUGCUGACGGGGGAUAAGAUGGAGACGGCAGCUGCGACCUGCUACGCCAGCAAGCUGUUUCACCGCAACACCCAGAUCUUGGAGCUGACCACCAAACGCACUGAGGAGCAGAGUCUUCAUGACGUCCUGUUUGACCUGAGCAGGACUGUGCUGCGGCAGCAUGGAGGCAUGACCAGGGACACCUUCUCUGGUUUAUCAGGUGACUGUACGGACUACGGUCUGAUCAUCGAUGGAGCUACGCUCUCUGCGGUGAUGAGGCCCGCCCAGGAGGACUCCAACUCAGGGAACUACAAAGAGAUCUUCCUAGAAAUCUGCCGCAACUGCAGCGCUGUGCUCUGCUGUCGAAUGGCACCGCUCCAGAAAGCACAGAUUGUGAAGCUGAUCAAAGCCUCCGAGGAGCACCCAAUCACGCUGGCCAUUGGAGAUGGAGCUAAUGAUGUUAGCAUGAUCCUAGAGGCCCAUGUUGGCAUUGGUAUCAUGGGUAAGGAGGGUCGACAGGCGGUGAGGAACAGUGACUACGCCAUCCCAAAGUUCAAACACCUCAAGAAGAUGCUGCUUGUCCACGGACACUAUUACUACAUACGCAUCUCUGAACUCGUGCAAUACUUCUUCUACAAGAAUGUCUGUUUCAUCUUCCCCCAGUUCCUGUACCAGUUCUUCUGUGGCUUCUCACAACAACCGCUGUAUGACACAGCCUACUUGACUCUGUACAACAUCAGCUUCACCUCGCUGCCCAUUCUGCUCUACAGUCUCAUAGAGCAGCACAUUAACAUGGACAUCCUGAAGAAAGACCCAACUCUCUACAGAGAUAUUGCGAAGAACUCUCUGCUGCGGUGGCCCAUCUUCAUAUAUUGGACCAUCCUGGGUGUGUAUGACGCCAUUGUGAUGUUCUUCGGUGCUUAUUUCCUGUUUGACAACACCACCUUCACCAGCAACGGACAGCUAAUGACAACCAACACACAGAUGAUGUUUGGAAACUGGACAUUUGGCACGCUGGUCUUCACCGUGCUCGUCUUCACUGUUACAUUCAAGCUGGCUCUAGAUACUCAUUACUGGACCUGGAUCAACCAUUUUGUCAUCUGGGGCUCGCUGAUCUUCUUCGUGGUCUUCUCUCUGCUGUGGGGAGGAAUCAUCUGGCCCUUUCUCAACUACCAGAGGAUGUACUAUGUGUUCAUGCAGAUGUUGUCCAGUGGUCCAGCUUGGCUCAGUAUAAUCCUUCUGAUAACAGCCAGUCUGCUGCCAGAUGUGUUAAAGAAGGUCAUCUGGAGGGCGCUGUGGCCCACCACAACCGAACGCAUACAGAAUGCUGAUAAACUCUACAAGGGCCAGCUGUCCGAGUUCACCCCCCUGGCGUCUCUCCACGCCCCAUCCAAGGCUGGCAGCCACCGGCGAGGCUCGGGCAACCAAAGGAAAGCCCUGAACCCACGAAGGUCUGCACCCUUUACCAAGAAAAUCAUGUUCACGCGCUGGCAAAAAACGCCAGACUACAGCACCUUCACCCCUCUCCUCCGAUUCGCCGAUGGCUCCCGUCACACAAAGCGGGGACAUGCCUACAGCGGGGCGGGGCCUGAGACCUCAGUUUAAUUUAUUUCUGUUGGGUGUUUUUCUAGUCUUAUAAUUCUGAUAUCAGAUAGAACAGCAUCAAUAAACUGGUCCAGAAGCUGAUCAGGUCACUGGAAAGUAAAGUUGCCCAAAAGUAACUGGUGUAGUUACGUUACUGGAGUCAAAUAACUGACUAUGUUGCUAAUAGCAGGUAAUCCAGCUGUAAGGGAUUACAAUGAAAGUGACCUUUACAACUGCUCCCAAGUCAGCAGCCAAGUACGGCACAAAGCACUAUGGGACGGCUCUGGAAAGGACUCCAUCCAAAGGGCCUCGCUCGCCGCCACAAUGUGCAAAGGGCUCAGCGUAUCGAUGUCACAACAAACAAACAAACAAACAAGAAUCAAGAGCUUUGAUUUCUUAAAUCACUGAAAAUGUGUGCACUGGCCCUUUAAGGCUGCCCGCCUUCGACAGCUGGCAGCUGAAGUGUACUUGACGAGUGUACUUUUUAAAAAACGGUUAUGAUGUGUUGUGAUUGUGCUGCUGCUGAUGAUGAUGAUGAUGAUGAGGACAGUAACAGUGCUUAAGCCAGCUCCAGCUUUCUCUGACCAAACAUUUUCUUUUCUUCAUUCCUACCAUCUCUCUUUAUCUCUCUCUCUGUCUGUCUGUCCUGCCUCUUUUCAGGUGUAACUGGUGUUGCCUGUGUGCAAACAUAUUAUCCCGAAAUACUCCCUAGGACUCUACAACAUUGUAAGGAGGGGUGUAGUAGAGCAGUAAAGCCUAAGUGUUGGAGAGGUGGAUCUGAGUCGGCCUUUUUCCUGAUUCAUAAGUCAGUGUAUGUUAUGUCCUAACGAAAGAAAGACCGACUUUAGCUGCACAUCCAACACUUAAGCUUUCACCUGUAGGUAGUCUGGAGUAAUUGAAACAGAUGUGUGUGUGUGUGUAUAUGUGCUGAUAGCUAGCAGUCAUGUCACUGUGUAUGUCGCAUUUAUCUCGGCAGGAUCCCUGUCUUUCUUAUUGUCUUUAAAGCACUUUAACUCUCAACCUUCUUCUUAUAUGUGUCUGUAACGCUAUAUACAGAGACUAAUCUAAGUUUUUAUGGCUUUGAAAUGACAGAAAUAGAACAAAUGGCUACAUGAUGGCUUCCCAGCUGUUUCUCAAUGCCUUAAAUUACCUUGUAAAUACCACAUUGUCCUCCACAGAGACCUUUUACCAAAGAAACAGAAAGACAAUGUGACAACUGAUGGAUAUAGUGUCGUGUUGGGGAAAGUGUGUGACCUGUACGUCAAUGUACACACUCAUGGUUCUGUAAAACACUUUAAAUGAGAGUGGCCACCACAAAGAAUAUUACAUUUAGUAAAAGCCAUUAACCCUUUCACGCAUGAAUUAUUCAAUCAAGUAAGUAUAAUUAAUGCAUGAAAUGGUUUUUAAUAUGGUGAUAGAAAACUACAGUCUAAAUCUGAUGUUUGAAAUGUGGGGUGCAUGUCAGCUGUCGAGCUUUGGGGGCUAAAUUGCAUACUGUUUUACAUUACUUAUGUUUACUUUCCUUAAAAGAUAGCACGUCCUUACUGAGAUAAUCACAACACAACAGAAGGAUUCUAUCAAGUGCCCCAAACUACUUGUCGCCUUAAAUCGAUAUGCAGUUACUGGGAGAUUCGAUCAAUUUGACAUGCAGCCAUUUGUUGAUGAGAACACAGUGUGAAGUUGGAGAUCUCAGCCUCUUAGCUUAGCUUAGCUUAGCUUAGCUUAGCUUAGCUUAGCUUAUCAUAAAGACUGGAAGCAGGUCCACUUAGCAGCACCUCUAUAGCUGGUAAUUUCCCAAAUGUCAAACUAUUUCCAGAGGUAUGCAUUGAUAAGCUAGAUGAUACCCAUUCAUUUAUUUUAGUAUUUUAGUAUUUUAGUCUAAUGUGAUUCUCUACCUUGAAAAGAGCCUUUGCAGUGCAUUGAAUUCUGUCUGCUUCAUCUUUUAUCCUCUCUCUUUCUUUUUAGCCGUCUCUCUCUUUCUCUCUUUCUUUUAUUCUUUCUCUGGUGAAGUGGAAGUUUUCCUACCUCUGUGAGAGCCACCCGUGUGAUCAUCAUCAUCCUAACAUGUCUCCCCUUCUGCAUCUUCUUCAUUCAUCCAUCCAUCAUUGUGAGACAGAGUAGAAAUAAUGUUUUUUACUCUACUUUUAGUACUUCUAUGAACCAAAGCCUUGUUGCUGCUAGAGAUACUUUUAGCUGCUUUAAUAUUAGGUGCCUUGUUGUAGUUUAUUUGUCUCUGCUGAACUGUCUUUGCUCGCUUUAUGGUAACUUUACACCUAAUAUUAGACUUUUGGAUCGUGUGAAAGCACCGCAGAUGAUGUAUGAACGGAUUUGUGACUGAGAGAAUGGAUAUGUGCGUGAAAAGGUGAAUGUAAAAAAUCAGUUUUACACAGGUUAUCCUGUCCAAGGAACAAACACAGCACUAAAAUAUUACAAAUGAUGCACAAUCAGUGAACAAAUAAUUACUUGUUGCACCAAAACAUUCAAGUUAUGUUUAAUAUCUGUUUUUUAUUGUUUAUAAUCCAAAUGUUUUAUAUAUGUCCAAGAGGGCAUCUGUCUCAACAUGUUAUUUUUAUUGUUUUCUAUUGCGUGCAAUGUGUAAAAUUCCCCUUUACCACAUUACUGAGUGAAGGUCUCACUGAGCGGUCAGAGCACACUGGAAAUAUCUCAGUCUGAUGUGAUGUUAAUCUUUACUUUAAUAAGACCUCUGAUCUAUCAGUGUUACAAACUGGGAUUUUUUUUUUACUAAUUAUUCAGUGUAUUUUUCCUUUUAAUUUAACAUCUCUGACUUCUCAGAAUUCUGGUUUUCUAUUUCAAUGUUUAUGUAAAAAUAAUGGUAAAGCAAAGGGGUUCUUAUACUGUUGUGGUAAAAUGCACAGAAUUUCAUCCUCCAAUUUGAAUAUUAAAGGGUCAUUUCACCCAAAUUACAGAAGAAAAAAAGCACAUUUUCUCACCUGUCGUGGUAUCUGGCCUUGCAGAUUGGAAAUUGUUUCUACUAAAGAAGUGGUCCCUAUGAAAACUUUCCACAGUAAAAGUCUGUGGAUUAUCCAGAGUAGCAUGGAUGCUGUUUUCAGGUGGAGACAGAAAUCCCAGAGUGAUAGCGCACAGCAAGAAAAACAAAACUAAAACAAAAGUAUCUGCAUGGAUAGACAGCUCAAGUUGAAAUAUUGCCUUGGAUGUAAAUGACCCAUUGCAACCAACCUGACCUCAGAGCACUAGCCAUGUGGUAGUGGAUGAUGGAGUGCUGACCCAAGUCCAAAAGAGUUGGAACCUAGCCUGACCCGAGCAUUAGAGAGUAGUAACCCAGCCUGAUUCAAACCCAACAGGCAUUCUGUUUGUUAACGUCCAAACCCGACCUCAGCCCGAGAGUAGUAACCGAGUUGGACCCAGACCCAUCAGACAUUCUGUUUUUUAAUGUCCAACCCUAGUCCUACACAGUUAAGGCAAGCACUGUCCUCCGAUAUUGCUUGAGACAAAAUAUGAAGGACCAAGUCAAGUAGGCCGAACCGAACAUUAUUUGUGAAUAUUUGUCCAAACCAGGCUUGGCCCAUCAGGUCCCAUCAAGCUCGGGUCAGGCAUCCACACUCCAGUGGAUAUGUAUUACAAUUGUCUUGGUCUUGCAUUCAGAAGUCAUGUAUGAUCCCUCCGUCACAAUCGGGAAUCUCUUAUUGGACAUUAAAGUUUCUACCUCUCUAUUCACAAACAAAUCCACUAAAUCCUUUAUCGUGAGAUACAAUAGGAUCAGUUCUAAUUAUUGGACCGUGAACAUAAAUUACUGAAUGAAUGAAUGAAUCACAAGGAAUACCCACUGUUACUGUAGUGCGUUUUUGUACGUCAGAGAUCAUGCUACCUUUUUUUACGUUCUGGAGACAGUAUUUGAUGUGUGUCUUAUUUAUGUAGAAGAGUACUGGAACAACCAAACUGAGUUGUGUGACAAAACAACACUGGACAUGUAUGUAUGCAUAGCUUUAAUGCUUCAAAAAAGAUUUCUGUGGUGUUAGCUCAGAUACAGCCCUGCACUGAACCGUCUUGUCUGAUGAUUGACACUUUGCUGUAGAAACUUUCAAAGCCAUUAAUGGUGGAUUUAAGGUCUUACUGUACCAAUCGCUCCUGUCCUAACUGUCCUGAUCUUUCAAGACCACCUAAACUGACAGCCUUCGAACAGAAUGUUAUCUUUCUCUUUUACGAUGUAUUGUUGUAUAGUGUUCUCAUAACCAACAGUAUCUAUAAAUGACUGUAUACUCAGAUACAGUACAUACAGUAUAUAAAUGUAGUUAUGUUAAUUGAUGUACAGUUUUGGGGUCUUUUUAUAUACAGUUUUUAACAGAGUCAUAUCAAGAUUUACUUGUGGAUUUUUGCCAACCUUUCUGUAGCUAUCAAUGGCAAACAAACUGUACAUUUGCUUGAAAAUAAAAGCCAGAAGUGGAAAUAUGACAACCUGAAA